UGUUUCGUCUAUUAUAAGCCGAACUCGCCCUUAAUUUCUCUUCAUUCAGUUUUUUUUUAAAGCAUAUCGACUAAAAGUUACAAACGAUGGUGCUCCUCUCGAUCCCGAACGGGAAUACUCUCUCCAUCGACGUGAACCCUAACGCGACCACCAUCUCCGCCUUCGAACAAUUGAUCCACCAACGCACCGAUCUCCCUCAACCCCUCCUUCGCUACUCCCUCCGCAUACGAAACCCUAGCCUCCUCGCCAAUCCCGAUUCGCUCCUCCUCUCCGAUCUCGGCGUCUCUCGUUUCUCCACCCUGAUCAUCCACGUCCCUCUCCUCGGCGGGAUGCAAAGCGCCUCCGCUCCUCCCGUUCCCCCCAAGCCCCGUCUCGAUUUCCUCAAUUCGAGGCCUCCGUCGAAUUACGUCGCCGGUCUAGGUCGUGGCGCCACGGGAUUCACCACUCGUUCCGAUAUCGGUCCCGCUCGCGCCGCUCCCGAUCUUCCCGAUAGGUCCGCUGCCGCGGCUGCGGCGCCUGCUCCGGCGGAGAAGGCGGAGGAGGAUGAGGAGGCCGAGGAGAAGGGGUACGAUGAGAACCAGAAGUUUGAUGAGUUUGAAGGGAACGAUGCUGGUUUGUUUGCUAAUGCGGAGUACGAUGAGGAUGAUAAGGAGGCUGAUGCGAUCUGGGAGUCUAUUGAUCAGAGGAUGGAUUCGAGGAGGAAAGACAGGAGGGAGGCGAAGCUCAAGGAGGAGAUUGAGAAGUACAGAGCGAGUAACCCUAAGAUUACUGAGCAGUUUGCUGAUUUGAAGAGGAAGUUGCAUACUUUGUCUGCUGAUGAGUGGGAUAGCAUUCCCGAGAUUGGGGAUUACUCGCUGCGUAACAAGAAGAAGAAGUUUGAGAGCUUUGUGCCUAUUCCUGAUACUCUUUUGGAGAAGGCUAAGAAGGAGAAGGAGCUUGUCAUGGCGUUGGAUCCGAAGAGCAGAGCCGCUGGUGGUUCUGAGACUCCGUGGGGGCAGACUCCCGUGACGGACUUGACUGCUGUUGGUGAGGGAAGAGGUACGGUGCUGUCUCUGAAGCUUGAUAGGUUGUCGGAUAAUGUUACAGGGCAAACUGUUGUGGAUCCUAAAGGUUACUUGACUGAUUUGAAGAGUAUGAAGAAAACUACUGAUGAGGAGAUUUACGAUCGGAACAGAGCGAGGUUGUUGUACAAGAGUCUGACUCAGUCGAAUCCGAAGAAUCCCAAUGGAUGGAUUGCCUCAGCUAGAGUUGAGGAGAUGGAUGGGAAGAUCAAAGCGGCUAGGCUUAUUAUUCAGAGGGGCUGUGAGGAGUGCCCGAAAAACGAAGAUGUUUGGCUUGAAGCUUGUAGGUUGGCUAAUCCAGAAGAUGCAAAGGCGGUGAUUGCAAGGGGAGUUAAGCUAAUUCCCAAUUCUGUGAAGCUAUGGUUGGAGGCUGCAAAGCUGGAGCGUGACGAGGAGAACAAGAGUAGGGUGCUGAGGAAGGGACUGGAGCAUAUUCCAGACUCGGUGAGGCUAUGGAAGGCUGUGGUUGAGUUGGCUAAUGAAGAAGAUGCGAGGAUUCUGCUUCACAGGGCUGUGGAGUGCUGCCCUUUGCAUCUGGAGCUGUGGUUGGCACUUGCGAGGCUUGAGACAUAUGAUAAUUCAAGGAAGGUGUUGAAUCGAGCGAGACUGGGACUUCCUAAGGAGCCGGCUAUUUGGAUUACAGCUGCUAAGCUUGAGGAAGCUAAUGGGAACACCUCUAUGGUGGGGAAGAUUAUUGAUAGGGGUAUAAAGGCUCUGCAGAGAGAAGGGGUUGUUAUUGACAGAGAAAAUUGGCUGAAUGAGGCUGAGGCAUCUGAGAGAGCCGGGUCUGUCGCAACAUGCCAGGCAAUUAUCAAGAACACUAUUGGUAUUGGAGUUGAGGAAGAGGAUAGAAAGAGAACUUGGGUUGCUGAUGCAGAGGAGUGCAAGAAGAGAGGUUCCAUUGAGACUGCAAGAGCAAUAUAUGCCCAUUCUCUUACUGUAUUCUUGACCAAGAAAAGUAUCUGGCUUAAAGCGGCUCAGCUUGAAAAGAGCCACGGGAGUAAAGAGUCCCUUGACGCCUUGUUGCGUAAGGCUGUGACAUAUGUCCCUCAAGCUGAAGUUCUCUGGCUCAUGGGUGCUAAAGAGAAGUGGCUUGCUGGAGAUGUUCCAGCAGCCCGUGCUAUUCUACAAGAGGCUUAUGCUGCAAUUCCCAACUCGGAGGAAAUCUGGCUUGCUGCUUUCAAGCUGGAGUUUGAGAACAAGGAGCCGGAGAGGGCAAGAAUGCUCCUAGCAAAAGCAAGGGAAAGAGGAGGGACUGAGAGGGUGUGGAUGAAAUCAGCCAUUGUUGAGAGAGAACUUGGUGACGUAGAGGCGGAGAGGAGAUUGAUUAAUGAAGGAUUGGAGCAGUUCCCAAGAUUCUUCAAGCUCUGGUUGAUGCUUGGGCAGCUCGAGGAACGGUUCAAUCAUCUAGAACAGGCCCGAAAGGCUUAUGAAUCUGGUUUGAAGGACUGUCCAAAAUGUGUACCUCUGUGGCUCGCGCUCGCUAAUCUUGAAGAGAGAGUGACUGGGCUGAACAAAGCUCGGGCUAUUCUCACCACGGCUAGGAAGAAGAAUCCUCAUGUGGAUGAGCUAUGGUUAGCUGCUAUUCGUGUUGAACUCAAGCAUGACAACAAGAAAGAGGCAGAGCACCUGAUGUCAAAGGCUCUCCAAGAGUGUCCUCAGAGUGGUAUCCUUUGGGCUGCGGAUGUCGAGAUGGCACCACGUCCUCGCCGGAAAACAAAGAGUAUGGAUGCUAUGAAGAAGUGUGAUCGUGACCCGCAUGUAACUGCAGCUGUUGCCAAGCUCUUCUGGCAAGACAAGAAGGUGGAGAAAGCCGGAGCGUGGCUUAAACGGGCUGUGACCCUCGCCCCAGAUAUUGGUGAUUUCUGGGCGCUGUAUUACAAAUUUGAACUUCAACAUGGCAAUGAAGAGAGCCAGAAGGAGGUCCUUGCCAAAUGUGUAGCUUGUGAGCCGAAGCAUGGUGAGAAGUGGCAAGCUAUCUCAAAAGCGGUGGAGAAUGCACACCAGCCUAUCGAUGUCAUCCUGAAGAAAGUCGUGAUUGCAUUGAGCAAGGAACAGAAGGCUGCUUGAGAGCUCAACUUUUAGCUGUUCAUGUUUUUUCUUCAGUAACGAGAACUAAUAAUGAUUUGAUGGAGUGUUUUCACCAGAUACUUAGUUCACUGAAUCCUUCAGUCUUCUUUGUGAGUUUCUGUGUGCUAUUGAACCUUUUUUAUUUCUUAUCUUUCUUGGUGUAUUGACGAUCAUUUGUUGUUCCUUUCAUGCCUUGGCCUUCCUUGUCUUCAUUGGCGUGUGUGUACUAGUCAUGAAAUCCAACUUCAAAGCUUCUUUAGACAGUGUAAGCAACUAAUAACCCCUGACAUAAUUUUUAUAGUUAUUUAUCAACGCUUAUUAACAAGACUGAUUGUGAUUAGUAAAAUCCUAGGAGAAUAAUAUUAAACCUCCUGCAUGUUUAAAUCAAACAACUAGUUUCUUGCUAACUUCCCACAAUUUAUUUGCCUUCUCUACGACACUGGCUUCUUCGGGAGGGCUGAUUCUCAAAACAAAGUCGAGCUCUCGUACCAGCUAAGUAGACUCCGGACUUGAAAGUUAAAGAGCCUUGUGUUUUCCUCAACUACAGUAUGUGCUAAGCCUUAGCUAACUAGUUUGGUAGUGCCCACGUUUUGUUAGAGACUUGUAUUACAGGUGGGUUUUUUCUAGUAGUUUUCCCUAGAUCGUUGUUACGUGCAUAAUAUUUUGUGGAAAGGCAGGAAGAGAAUCCAAAUAGUGGUAUUAAGAUU